UUCCCAACCACAACUGCUCCAGCCUCCACCACCACAUACCAGGCAGAGACAGACAGACCAGUACCAGUCAGUCAGUAUUCUGAGGAGCUCUGUGAAGGACCGUCACCACCACACAGCUAAGAAGAUGGGCAAGCAGAAGCAGUUCCUGGAGAAAAUGUCCCGCACCUUUCAGAUCCGCAACCUGUUGCUCAGACAGGCCCUGGCUGAAUGUCUCGGUACCCUCAUUCUGGUGAUGUUUGGCUGUGGCGCCGUGGCACAGGUGCAGCUGAGCAACGGCAAAUUCGGCAUCUUCCUCACCAUCAACUUCGCCUUUGGCUUCGCCGCCAUGCUGGGAAUCUUGGUGUGCGGCCAGGUAUCAGGUGGGCAUCUGAACCCUGCCGUGACGUUUGCUCUAUGCCUCAUGGGUAGAGAGAGAUGGAGGAAGUUCCCGGUGUAUUUCUUGGCCCAGACUAUUGGAUCGUUCCUCGGUGCCGCAAUAAUCUUCGGUCUCUAUUAUGAUGCCCUGUGGGACUUUGCUGGGAAGGUGCCUGACCAACUGCUGGUUGUGGGGGAAAAGGCCACAGCGGGAAUAUUUGCAACGUAUCCCGGCAAGCAUCUGGAGAUUGUUAACGGCUUCUUUGACCAGACCAUUGGCACCGCUGCAUUGAUCGUCUGCAUCCUGGCUAUCGUAGACCCUCAUAAUAAUGCUAUCCCCCGGGGCCUGGAGGCCUUCACCGUUGGCUUUGCCGUCCUGGUCAUCGGCCUGUCCAUGGGCUUCAACUCCGGCUAUGCCGUCAACCCGGCUCGUGACCUGGGGCCGCGUCUGUUCACCGCCAUCGCAGGAUGGGGACCAGAGGUGUUUACGGCAUACAAAUGUUGGUUCCUGGUGCCCAUCUUUGCCCCGUUCAUCGGUGCCACUAUCGGCGUGAUGGUGUACCAGCUGAUGGUGGGCUUCCACGUGGAGGGCGAGAUGAGAGACAAGGCUGAGGCUAGCAUCGAGGAGGCCGUCAAGCUGAACGACGUCACUACCACCAAAGGCGACAAGAACGGCACACUUGCAUAAGGCUAGUGACAGUCAGAGAGAUGGCUCUGCCUACUCGAUUUCGUUUCCAAAAAAAAAGCAAACCAACCAGGACCCGACAUCCAGGGUUCAGAAAGUCAAAAUCCUGCCACAUAUAUUUGUUACCUUCUCUUACCUCUACCUCCUGAUUUUAACAGUAGCUCUUAGCUUGACCAAAGGGCAUUCACCAGUGUGUCCUCAGCUGACUAACAGACAGAACCAGAUAACAUCAUUUUGUUUAACGUUUUCUAGUCCUGCCUCCCGGGCUCACUGCUAAACCUGUGCUUAGAUGUGACGGCUCUUUGAAGCGGAGAUGUCCAUCUUUGACGUCUACAGUGGAGCUGUGCCUUUUGCCUUUGCUGUCGCACUAGGGGCUUUGAUGUUUGGCUGUAUUCUGACACUAGGAGAUUUGUGAGCUGUGUUCCAUGAACUGUCUGGUCUCCUUUGUAAGGUUUUUUUUAAUGAUUUGAGUGAAUGUUGCAUUUUGUUUUAAGUGCACAGUAUCGUGAUGUUGUACAUUAGCAGUAUUGAGUCAUUUUUAUAACCAUGUGCUUGUUGGGAGAAAUGUGAUUUUUAGUUCAUGUUUGAAUAUGAGUGACAUGCAUAUCAUAUGUUUUUUUCUGUACAGAAUAAUAAAAAAAAUAUUUGUUUUCUAAAGCUGGGUUAUUGGAUCUGUUGGUUUCCAGCCGUUGAUGUUCCACAUCACAAAACGUUCCCAUAAACAAUUUUUUAACUUUACAACUGCUAUCCAUUACCCUCUUCGUGUUGUGAAUUAGGCCUAGUCAUUCUUUCUCACGCCCAACACUAAUAUCAUUG